UCAGGCGAGGCAGCUGACGGUGCAGGGUUUUGUUCUUCCGGUUUCAUCAUUGACGAAGAGCGGCCGGUUGUGGAUUUUGGUCAUGCAAGCAGGCUCGUGAUCAGGGAUGUAGCGCUUUGGCGGUCGUGGCUUGUCUUCCGUUGUUGUUUCUGAUCGAGGGGCGAGGGUAGAUAAAGAAAAGGCAGAUAAGUUGUGGCGGAGCUUGGGUUCGGUUCAACAGCAAGGGAUAUGAAUGGAGGAUAUCGUCAAUCACUACAAAAGCAUGACUAUUGAGGCGGAUGAACGGCGGGCUCGUCCCCCUCCCGAGCCGCCGCCAUGGAAUGUAAGAGAGUCUAGGGUUUGGAAGAAGAUGAAUGAAUUUUCGUUUAAUUUUGUUUUAUUUUGUUUGUGUUUUUCUUUCAAAUUGCAUGUUGUUUUGAGUGUGUUUUUAUUUCCUAGUAAAAAGUUUCUAGAGUUUAGGUCAGGUGAUGAGAAGUCUGGUUUGCCAGUCAUUGACUCAGUUAUUGCUUCUACAGAGGUGAUGGAUCUGAGCCUGGUUCAUGGGCGGAUGACAGACAAAAGGCUUUUUAUCGUUUUGUUUCCUGCUUUUUCCCUGAUUGUAUUGUUAGUCAAAUGACGAACGUUUUGUUGAUUUAA